GUUGUACUUAGUUUGAUAAUUUGUUAUGAUUAAAAUUCUAAUUUUCCUCUACAGCUAGCCGCCUUAGUUUCUCCAAUAUUGGACCAGUAGUACUAAACUACUAGUACUAUACUAUACACUCAUUUAUCUUAUAUAUUUCUCCCACAGCUUUUCCUCAAUUUCCUUCUUUAUUUUCUUUCGAAACCCUAGUUGUAAAAUUCAAUGGAGAAUUAUCCCAUGCUGUUUCUCGGGUCCGGCGCGACGGCGCCGAACUCGUUGGGUUCGAGCAACAAUAAUAGCCGAUCUAAUAAUAGCACCUUCUAUAACAAUCCGAAUGGGUUUUUCGGAAUGUUGAGGUCGGAUGUUCACGGGUCGUCGACGUCUUCGGAGGCCAAGGAUGGCGCGGAGAAUUCCAAUAGCGGGAGCUUCCAGGUGACGGAGAGUGAGCUGGGGAAGAAGAAGAAAGGCGAUCAGAAGAAGGCGAAGAAGCCGAGAUUCGCUUUUCAGACGAGGAGCCAAGUGGAUAUUCUCGAUGAUGGGUAUCGAUGGAGAAAAUACGGUCAAAAAGCUGUCAAGAACAAUAAAUUUCCAAGGAGCUACUACAAGUGUACUUACCAAGGGUGCAAUGUGAAGAAGCAAGUACAGCGGCUCUCCAAGGAUGAGGGCGUUGUGGUGACAACCUACGAAGGGAUGCACACUCAUUCCAUCGAGAAGCCUACCGAUAAUUUCGAACAAAUCUUGAGCGACAUGAAGAUCUGCCCUCCCACCUAUAAUUAAUUUAUUUUAUUAAUCCAUCUCAUGCUUAAUUCCCUGCAGCCCCCCGGAACUACGUUUGCUAGCUUAGCUAUGACUACCUAAGAAGAAUGCUCUCCUUAAUCAAUCUUGUAAAGUAUAUUUAUAUAUACUAAAUGGAUCGUAUUUGUUUAUUUAA